AUAUACCCCACCUUGUGAUUCGACCUAAGCUUCGUCGUUGUCGAGAUACACCUCUGCUAUUGGUAUUGGGGUCUCUGACGCGAUCGUGGCAGGUUGGAUUUGCCCCUGCUGGUUUUUCAUCACUGGGAAGGACUGGGAACAACGUAUAUAGCCUUGCCAAAUCCCGCAGUUUGAACAGUGAAACGUCCGCAACGUACUUUCCGCGUUCCGCCUCUGCCCGGUUCCGUUCGUUUUCGUGGUCGGUGGAAGGUGGGAAGGAAGCGAAAAGAAAAAGCGAAAGAACGAUCCCGACGUAUAACGUUUUAUUAGGCGGGUCACGGGCCGAAAUACAUUUUCCUACAUAGAGCGACGCCGUUGCUGACAUUUCUUGCGUUAGACACGCGACGGCAAGGUAUGGCGUUUUUGAGAACGGUGCCGCGUUGCAGUGCCGUUAAAAAGUUAAGGAAGUGUCUGCCACUUCCCGUCGCGUUUCCCGAGAACGUAACGAAACCGUCGUCGGUGCAGUUGGUACAGGUGCACGAACGCGAAUACACCGGCACUACCGCUGACGCGAAGCCGGCUCCACGACAGAUUGAUCCCCUGGACUUGAGGUUUAACGAUCCAGUCGCCGCGUUCAAGAGCAAAACUACCAAAGAACUUUUGCGUGCUUACAUCGUUUAUCAGCUAUGCUCGAUCGAAUACAUCGCCGAGAACAACAUGACGCUAAUGAAAUUGAGCAAGCAGAUACUCGGCGAGAAACUUUUCACCAAGCUGAUGAAGUCCACGUUUUACGGCCACUUUGUCGCCGGCGAAGACGAGGUGCAGAUCACUCCUGUCCUGGAUAGGCUGCGCCAGUUCGGCGUGAAACCGAUUCUCGAUUACUCCGUCGAGGAGGAUAUCUCUCAAGAAGAAGCGGAACGACGAGAAUUACAGAGUUCCGUGUCAGAAGCCGGAGACGAGAAGAGGGAAGGUCCCUUGAAGAAAUACCAUGUCGCAAAACCGUUCGCUGAUCGCCGGUACAAAGUGUCCUCGGCGAGAACGUACUUCUACCUCAACGAAGCUAGUUGCGAGAGGAACAUGGACAUAUUUGUCAGAUGCCUCGAGUCCGUAGCCGCUGCCUCGAUGGGAGUUGGUUUCACCGCGAUCAAAUUGACUGCACUCGGUCGUCCACAGCUUUUGCUUCAGUUGUCGGAAGUAAUUAUGCGAGCGCGACAAUACAUGUCGGACGUGGUCGGCGGCGAAGGCGCCGUUUUGACUCAUCACGCGAAACGAGAUGAUUUCAUGAAGAAGUUUGAAGAGGCACACAUCAAGGACGAGGAGCCGGUACAAAAAUUCUUACAAAAGAUUCAAUCGGACAAAGAAGGCAGCGUCAUUCACCUGUUCCCGUGGAGUGGCAUUCUGGACGAGAACUACGAGCUCAGCGAAACGUUUCAAGUGCCAGACAUGAAAACCGGGAAGAUGGUCAGGCUGAUGUCGCAGCUCACGUCCAAAGAAGAAGAAAUGUUCCGGAACAUGAUCAGGCGCCUGAAUAAUAUCGUCUCGGUGGCCGAUAAGUUAGACGUACGUAUAAUGAUAGACGCCGAACAAACGUAUUUCCAACCUGCGAUAUCGCGGUUAACGUUGGAGAUGAUGCGCAAGUACAAUACACGUAAGGCCGUGGUGUUCAACACUUACCAGACAUACUUGCAAGAGGCGUUUAAUGAAGUGAAAACUGAUCUGGAACAGGCCGAACGACAGAACUUCUAUUUCGGUGCUAAACUCGUGCGCGGCGCGUACAUCGAACAGGAGAGGGCAAGGGCAGCGGCCAUGGGAUAUCCGGAUCCAACGAAUCCUACAUACGAGGCUACGACCGAGUCUUAUCAUAGGACUCUGAUGGAGUGUUUAAGGCGGAUGAAACAGUACAAAGAUAAAGGGGAGGAUCCGAAGAAGAUUGGAAUCAUGGUCGCGUCCCACAACGAAGAUACAGUACGCUUCGCGAUUGAAAAAAUGAAGGAGAUAGGAAUCUCGCCAGAGGAUAAAGUGAUCUGUUUUGGCCAGUUGUUGGGAAUGUGCGACUACAUCACGUUCCCGCUAGGUCAAUCCGGAUACUCGGCGUACAAAUAUAUUCCUUACGGUCCAGUCAAAGAAGUGUUACCGUAUCUGUCGCGGCGCGCGCAAGAGAACCGGGGCAUACUGAAAAAGAUCAAGAAAGAGAAACGUCUCUUACUGUCAGAAAUAAUGAGGCGCCUCGCGAGUGGCCAGAUAUUUCAUAAACCGAAGGGAAACUAUACUCCGGUCUGAGCAGCUAGAUGCUACGCGAUUUGCACAGAUGAAUUCGCAAAGUAUCAAACUUAAGUAGUGAUUGUAAAUUAUUCAAAUGGGGGGAAGAAAAAGCAGACUUUGUGAGCACGCAGAGCUAAACGCGUUGCGUGUACAUAUACGCGGGAGGAGGAGGAGGAACAGGAGGAGAGCGAGCGUGCGUGUAUGGAAGUGUAUAUGCAGUGUUAAUUCAUUACAUACAAAAUUGCCUUAGUGUGAAUAUUAUCAAAGUGUAAGCUGCUCAAUAUCACGCUACGUGGUAGAAACUAUCGUAUAUGUUCCAUUGCUCGUUACGUUUGUUGAACCGAGAGAAAAAAAGGAGAAAGAAAGGAAAGGAGAGGAAAGGAAAGGAAAGGAAAACACGUCCUUUCGUCGUUGACCGAUGUUCUACGACGACUUCGACUUGUUAUUCCGAACAGGGAGCAUCGUGUUUUGUCUUUUCGUUGAUAAUGUAUGCUGUUACACGGUAGUAGCGUUCAAUUGAUACGAAUAAAUCCGAAACAUCGUAUCGAACGCGCGCAUUUGUUUUGUAAUAAAAAAAACAGGACGAACAUCGAGGCACUAACUCUUUACAAUUCAUAAUCGCGUUUGUUCGUUCGUUCAUUCGUUCUUUCUUUCUUUCUUUCUGUUUUCUCAACAUGAGCUUUCUACAUCAAACAGCAGCACUCUAAAAGCUUCUGCUUGCAGUCGAUGUAGACGACGUACGCGCGCCUCAUUUUUGUGUUUGAAACGUAAUACAUAAAUGGUUUGUGCUCUGUUUUUUUUUUAAUUUAAGAAUCUCGCAGUGUGUGCGUGCGUGCGUGCACGAUUAAUUUAUAGUGAACGUGAUUGGAUAUUUGUUGACGUACGUAUACUUCACUUUGUCGUUUGAGAUGAUAUACAUAUACUAUACAGACAGACAGACAGACAGACAGACAUAUAAUGCAAACGCAUAUAUGAUUUUCCAUGGAAAUUGCAAAAAGUGUUUAUAGCGUGUGCUCUAUUAAAUUUCGAAUAUUCGCGUGUGAUGCGAGCAUCCGCCGCAGCUGUUUCACUGUGCGUCGUCGUCGUCGUCGUCGUCGUCGUCGUCGUCGUUACCAAAAGGACGCGGAGGAUAUUGGCAAUGUAGCUGCUGAAUAUCGAUGAAUCACCGCCGAGCUGAGACAGCGCGCCCGGUUCCCAGAAAUCCGAGAGGAACAUGUUCGGGUCGUUCCGUCGUCGUCGUACGACGGUGUUACCGGCGAAUUCGAAUUACUCUAUCAGGGGAAACGCGUUUGGAAAUGUUUCACAACAUUUAAUUGAUUUGUCCGUUGUAGAUGAGCGAAUAACUGAGCAAGAGUCAUCGUUUUGUGCAAUUCUGCUACGCGUGUUUCGAGACAAGAAUUGAGUCAAGCAAUAUUGGACUGUGUGUUGAGGGGUGACGAACCGAGAAGAGAACUUGGAAUUGAUUGAAAACGAACAAAAAAGAAAAACACUUAAAGUGAUAACUAUGGUAAUUAAUGAUCUAACUUAUCGGUCUAAUACUGUUUUUCUUUUACAAAUGCGAGAUAACAUUAGCGGCGACGAUGAUUAAUAAUAACAAUAGUAAUCCUGAUCGACGUGAUAUACGUAGAUAAAGAGAGCUGUGUAAACGACGCGUCACCCAGUAGUUUAUUCGUAUGUGGUGGCUUAUACACGCGAUUUUCAAUCAUUUCUUUUUCUUCUUCUUUUUAAGAAAACUAAAAGGAAGCAUUAUAAUUUGUAAACAAUAAAUUCUUUGUCGAGUUUCAGUCGAAAUUGUUUUACAGCGUCAAACAGCGUCAGAUCCUUCGACCUUGUGUUUUACAAUUCGAGUGGAACGUGAACGUAACGUUGUUCUUGGUUGUUUCACAGUUGAUUUCGUCGUUCGGUGCAAUGAACACGAGCGUAACACAGAAAGAGAACGUUCGACGUUGUAUCUUUCUUUGUCCAGCAACUCUAAAUUUUCUCCACCGGCUGACGCCCGCGGUACAGAAAAGUUGCUCGAGGAACAUUUCUGUGCAACGCGACGUUGCAUCUCGAUGUCCUUUUGUCUGACGAGCAAUAUUUUCUCGUUUCGUGCUUGAUUGUCAUUUGAAAACCAUUUUCCAUUUCCAGAAUUUGUACAAAUUAAACCGCGUCACCUUUUAUCGUCUGUGUCUAACAUAUGAUAAUCUAUCACGUACAAUUUCUCAUGAUCUCUUGCGUUAACUACGACAAGAACAUAUGCAUCGUUGUAUUAAUCGCAUUUCCAAAACGCGUGUAUGCAGUUCGCGUAGAAAAAUCAGCGAAAGUGUCAGCAGGAAGUGCUGAGAAGACGAUUUUAUAGAGCAGCCGCGGCUAGUAUGCGAUCCGUUCUUCGUUUCGCUUCGACCAGAAAUUGAUCGAACGGUGAUCAUGUCGGAUUCGUAGAAGGAAGUAAGCAAAAGAAUAGGGGAUUCGGAAGAGAUUCGAAUGGAAACGAAUGAAAAAGGGGCAUUGUUAAAGAUACGCGCAUAUACGGCGUACAGCAGGUACACGAUAUUAUGAUUGAAUGUUCUUACGCGCAGGCUAAAUGGUAUGGUGGCUGCUGAGUGCGAAUGAUUUAGGUAUAAAAAUUCUAUUUGUUAUUGCAAAAAAUUUAGCGUUUGUCGACCGUGUCGCGCGCGCGCGCGCGUCGAUCCAUUAACUUCUACAUAUAUGUGUCUCGUGAUGAUGACAAUAACUUAGAUAGUUGAUGAUGUUAUUAAAAGGUAACGCGACGAACGAUACUUGUACGCUAUAAGUAUAAGAGCUAUUGUACGUCGCCGCGCGAAUGGAUCGCGUUUGUCAUCACCAUUGAGGGGUAGGUAAAUAAACUUAGGAAAGAAAAAAAAUGAGAGAGAGAGAGAGAGAGAAAAGUUGAGUAGAAAGCGAAGUAAUCAUUAUAAUAUAUAUGACCCGUGAAAUUGCGCGAGCAAUUAACGUGAUUACACGAUGUAACGUCGUUCGUUAAAGGAUGCAUUUACUGCCAGAAUGUGCUUUUUACUGCACACAGAACGCACUUACGCGCGAGAAAGUUUUACGGUAUUCUCGGGUAUCCAAUGAUGAUGAUGAUGAUGAUGAUGAUGAUGAUGAUGAUGAUGAUAACGAUUAUUAUUAUUAUUAUUAUUAUUAUUAUUAUUAUUAUUAUUAUUAUUAUUAUACGAUGGAUACUCUACUUCCGUGUGUGAAUAAUAAUAUAUUUAUGAUGAAAGUAA